GGGGAAGGAAAGCGAUAGAUCUGUGUGGGGGACGGUGCUGCCUCCCCUCCGCACGUCGAGAUGUCGAUGAAUUUCGACCCUCGGCAGUUUGUGCAGUCGUUUGGCCGCGUCGGUCUGGGCAUCGGUGGUGCAGUGACGGUCGUCGGCGGCGGGCUGUGGCUGGUGCGCAACUGUCUCUAUAACGUGGAGGCAGGGCACAGAGCCAUCCUCUUCAACCGCAUCACAGGACUCGGAGAGAAGGUGAGGCGCAAGACAGGCUGCUCAUGGCGUGUGCGCAACGUAUCAGAUCGGUGUGCAUUGACGUGAUUUUUUUGUCAGGUGUAUGGCGAGGGGACUCAUUUCCUGGUGCCGUGGUUCGACCGCCCCAUUAUCUAUGACGUCCGGACGCGGCCAAGGGUGCUGGUGUCGCUGACGGGCUCCCGCGACCUGCAGAUGGUCAACAUCACGUGCCGUGUGCUGUCGCGUCCCGACGAGCACAUGCUCACGACCAUCUACCGCACUCUCGGCAAGGACCACGACGAGAAGGUGCUGCCGUCGAUCAUCAACGAGGUGCUCAAGAGCGUCGUUGCGCAGUACAACGCCUCCCAGCUGAUCACGCAGAGAGAGGUGGUGUCCCGCACCAUCAGAAACCUGCUGGUGGAGCGGGCCAAGGACUUCAACCUGCUGCUGGAUGACGUGUCCAUCACCCACCUGUCCUUCUCGCCCACAUUUGAGCAGGCCGUCGAGUCCAAACAGGUGGCGCAGCAGCAGGCCGAGCGGGCGAGGUUCACGGUCCUCAAGGCACAGGAAGAGAAGAAAUCUACCAUCAUCAAAGCACAAGGUCACACACAUGCACACAUACGCACACACACACACACAAUCAGACUCAUGUGGGCUUUACAUAUCUUUCUCUCCCUGUGUGUGAUUGAUUAGGUGAGAUGCGUGCUGCGGAGCUGAUCGGCAACGCCAUUGCCAACAACCCCGGGUUCAUCGAGCUGCGUCGGAUCGAGACGGCCAAGGAGGUGUCCAACAUCCUCUCCAAGGGCGCCAACCGGCUGCUGCUCGGCAGUGAGUCGCUCCUUGUCAACCUCCUGGGCGACCACACCACCAGGGUCACAUCCGGGUCACCCACAGCUGCGGUGGCCGGCAAAUGAGAUGAGUGUACAAGGUGAGCAUGGGGAAGGUACGGAUGGGCUAUGUUCGGGAGGCACAUUUUUCGUCGUUGUGCUGGUGUGUCGUGUCUGUUGUUCGUUCAGGUGGAGUUUGCUGCGCAUGUAAGUGCUUUCUGCGGUUCGUUCCUUCUCUCCCUCUGCAUGUAUUGUUCCUUCUGCGUCGUUGAUGCCGAGAACUUGCUGUGACAUGGGAGAAGACCAUAAUGCUGUAUCUGUGUUUCUGGCGAUUUAUGGUGGUGAGUGUCGUCAGAGUUUGUGUCGUCAUUGGCUGUGUGGCAUCGACCCUUCACAGUCAAGGACGACACUGGCCGUGACUGACGCUCACCACCACACAGAGCCAUAGGGAAGAAAAGCGUGUCUGACCCACGUCCAUCUGCGUGCCUCGGCG